CAAAUCCUCCAUUCUCCUUCCAACAACAAUUUCAAUUUGUUUCUCAGAAUAAACAUCAUCAUGCCUGCUCAAGUCAUGCCCGACAAUACCCUGCAAGGCCUCCAUGUCUUGGGCAGAGAAAACAAUUCUUCCCCUCAUCCUAGAAGGGUGGAGGGAAAGAUUGCUAUUGUCACCGGCGGAGCCAGAGGGAUCGGAGAGGCCACGGUGAGGCUUUUCGCCCGACACGGUGCCAAAGAGGUGAUUGCAGAUGUGGAGGACACUCUUGGUGCCGCUCUUGCUAACUCAUUGUCUUCUUCCGUAACGUUUUUUCAUUGCGAUGUGAGCCAGGAAGAAGACAUCGAGAACUUGAUAAGCUCGACGGUUUCCCGGUACGGCCGGCUCGACAUCCUUUUCAGCAAUGCCGGGGUGCUCGGGAAUCAGAAGAAGCACAAAAGCAUCUUGGAUUUCAACGUCGAUGAGUUCGAUGACGUGAUGAGGGUGAAUGUGAGGGGGAUGGCACUCGGAAUCAAACACGCUGCACGUGCAAUGAUUCCCAGAGGUGGCGUUGGGUGCAUCAUUUCAACGGCGAGUGUAGCUGGAGUAAUGGGUGGACUCGGUCCACAUGCUUACACAGCCUCGAAACACGCUAUUGUCGGGUUGACGAAGAACACCGCUUGUGAAUUAGGGCGAUUCGGGAUCAAAGUGAACUGCAUUUCGCCGUUCGGGGUGGCGACGCCGAUGCUGGUGAAUGCAUGGAGAAGCGACGACGAAGAAGACGAUGAGAGCCCAGAACAAGUGGAGAAGACGGAGGAGUUCGUGAGAGGGCUAGCCAAUCUGAAAGGUCCGACAUCGAGGGCUAAAGACAUAGCCGAGGCUGCAUUGUAUCUUGCUAGCGAUGAAUCUAAAUAUGUUAGGGGCCAUAAUCUUGUAGUUGACGGUGGAAUUACAACCUCCAGGAAUUAUGUUAGCUUGUAACAUCAUCAUCGUCUUCUUUUCAUCUCUUCAUUCCUUAUAGAUUCUCAGUCUCAUCCUUCCUAGUUGUAAAUUUUCAGUUG